UUGAGCGGAGUUGCGGAAAACCAGUGCCGCGUGCAGCAAUCUGCAGAAGCCGAGUUCGUCCUAUUGAUCAGUAUUUAUAUCUUGACAUGAUUCAAGCUUUUACUUUGUGUCAAAAAAUAAUAGUUUUAUCUUUGGUCUGCUGAUAUAUUACACAGAUCGUUACCGCGGUACUAGCGAGGAAAACCUGCGAGCAGCAGCCAAUUUAUGCUUUGACAGCACUCUAAAAAGUAGUGUUGGUCACUGAGCACGUUUGCUGACUUGUUGCUGACUUGCGGAUUCAAGGUGCAACAUUGUUUUCAAAUGCUGAGUUUGAAUGCUGCUGUGCUAUGGUGGUGAAAAAGAAGAACCCCAAAGUCGAGGCUUUGGUUUUGGACGAAGAGACAUUGCACAUGCUGUUAGCAUCUCUCUCUGUGGAUGGAGGGCACGAUGGCGUCAGGCAGGUCGCCAAAACUUUACAGUGCUGUUUAGAGCUGAAAGAGCCAGUGCAACAGAUCCAGCAGGUCAAAAAGGCUGGUUUGCUGCUGGAGACACUCGACGAAGAGCAAUGCGAUGGAGAAAUCUUAGGAGCUUGUCUGCAGACAUUGGCUCUGAGCUACAUUUCCCUGCAAGCCAAGAACCCCUUGCGACGUGCCAUUACCAGUGCCCUGAGUUCAGUACCAACCUGGCUUCAGGAACAAACGAUAACUUGUCUGUCCAAGUGCCUGUCAGACUCUUUGUCUGAUCCAACACCAGACCAAUACUCGCAUGUUGUGGAUGCCAUUACUGCCUGCAUGGAUGGCUUCCCUCUGGGCGAGAGAUGUGUCAGUAAACUUCUUCCAGAAGUUUUGCAGUUUCUGCACAAGGGAUUACGCGAGUAUCUUAAUCAAAACAGGGGCAUCGCAGGCCGUCACAUAGCUCAAGCCCAGUUGAUGCAUUCCUGUUUGGCCGCAGUGAAAACAUCAAUGCUGGUCAUCCAGAGGUGCCAAGGUUCAAUUAGUUCUGCCAUCACGAUCCACCAGACACUGAAAGAUACACUUAAUAGCCUCCUGGACUGCUACAUAAGUAUCAUUACCGAUGAGGAUUUUGUGCAAGCAGUUCAGAGUACAUCUGGCAUGGCCAUUGUCUUAUUAAUCAGAUCUGUGAUGGGCUCUGGAGAUGAAGUUGCCUUUGUGGUUUGUAGUUUGCUUCGUAGCUCAGUAAAUGGCUUGGACUCUGCCCCCGUGUGGAUUAAGAAGAGUUGUGAGAGCUUGUGUACCAGUGCUCGUCCGCCAGGUGUUUCUUUGUAUCUGUGUCAUGGGGCACUGGCAAUGCUGAGUUGGAAAGGCUCCCCCGCAGGCCCACACUGGGAAACACUGCUCCUCUUGGUCCCAAACACACUCCUGGAUUUGGAUGUCAGUAUAAAAGAGUCCAGUACCGUUUUGCUGGUAGUUCGGGUCCUGAUGCUGUGGAGCAGUGCUGCCCUGGACUGCAUGCAGGGUCAGAGGGCGCUCUGUGCCCUCAGUCUCCAGCAGUCAUUCACUGGCGGCUCUGAUUUACACCGACGCCUCCUGGAGCAUAUCUACUCCCACUGGGAACAUCCCUUAGAUGGAGUCCGACACCAAACAUGCUCCCUGUUUCGCAACCUCCUCCUCCUCCAUCAACAUACCAUUUCUUCUACCUCUGAGUCAAAUCCGGACAGCUAUGUCAUGGAGCUCACGCAAAGACUGUUCCAGCUCGAUUGGCACAUGCGGGGAAAAUACGGAGCCUUGGGCUGCCUUGUGGAUCUUUAUGGUGCUAGAUACCUGCUUCAGAUCCAGCCACCGCUUCCUUCACAUCUCCUGGGUCUGAUGAGUGACCAAACUUUGGCUCCGUAUGCCAGUGACCUUCUGGAGAAGCUUUUCAUCAGCCAUAAAGAACAGCUUGCCGCUGAAGCCUCGACAGAAAAAGGGACCACUGCAGAAGACUGGAUGGAGCGUUGGCACCGGAUGUGGGUUACGCCCCUACUACAGGUGCUGUGUAGUGCGAGAGUGGAUGAGACCACUUACAUUCUGGAUUAUUUCCUACCCAAAUUGCUGCGCUGCAGCCCAUCGAGUCUGACACACAUGGUGCAGGCAUUGCAAGACAGACUUUCCUGCUGCAAAGAUUCAACUGGAAGCAGGGGUGCACUCGGGGCCCUAAUGACAUGCCUGCGGGCAGCCAGGUCUCAGGGUGUGAUACAGACCUCGGCCGAGGGUCUAUGUGAGGAACUGGUGCCCUUCAGCCUGGUUCGGCAAGCGCUCAUACAUAAACAUGAUCAAGUGAGAAUGGAUGCUUUAGGCUUGGUGUGUGAAAGCCACCGAAGCACUGAGGUUUUGACAUCACAGGAAAUGGAUCUUAUUCACCACUUCUUGGUUCCCAACCUCAACAGCCAGUCACCAAGUGUCAGACAGCAAGUGGUCAGCCUUUUCAAGAAGAUGCUCUGCCGAGUAAAGGACAGUAUGCAGCUGUUGCUAAAGAGACAGAGUCAAGAGAGAGAACAGGAGCAAAGAGCCAAAGACCAGCAGAGUAUAUCUCUUUAUAAGGAAUUUCUGCACAAGUUAUGCUCAAAGUUGUUUGAUGUUUUGCUUCCUGGAGCUUCUUUCUCGAAAUGCAUCAUGUCCCUCCACUUGCUUGUCCUGCUGGCUGAACUCUUCACUUUUGAUGCAGGGCCUGAUGGGUUUGCCCUUGGUGAAGUUGUGACCUCUACUUAUGCUCAGAAUGUGCUCUACUGUGUUGCAAGCAACUUCAUGGAAGUCAAAAUGCUGGCUACAACAUUGUUAUGGAAACUUCCUCUGUCAGCACUGGGACUAGAGGAACCAGACGUGAUGCGUGGUCUACUUCAGGCUGCGCUAGAUCUGAGCACCAGCACCAAGCCCUUUGACAGUGUAACGGCUGCCCACCUGCUCAACCUGCUGCUCCACCAGCCCAAUUUGAGUAUGGCACUACUGCAUUGUGCCCAGGAGCAGGGAUUUGACUUCCAGCAUCCCUCCUCAUUGCCACAGGCACCUAAUGUCCAGGAGCUUAACACUUUAUCUGUGGUGCAGUUCUUGCUGUGCUGUCUGCAGUCAGAGGUCUCCAAAGCGGAGUGUUGCCUUUUGCAGGCAGCAGCUUCCUAUCCUCUCUACGGCCGGGCCCAUUGCAUCACUGCGGUCCUUCGGAAUCUCAACACAGAGUGUUUACGUCACACAGAGGAGUGGAGGCGACUGGUGUCGGAGCUCAUCGCCACCUGUUACAGAUUGUCAGAUGUGGUUUCUCCUGUUGUCCAGAGCUCUUCCCCUGAGGGUCUCAUCCCCAUGGAUGUUGGCACAGUAACAGACACAUCAGCGGGACUUCAGAAGAUCUUGCACGAAAUUCAGCCAAGGGACACCAAUGAUUUCUUCACCUGCGCCAGAGAGCUGGAUACACAAAAUGAAGAGGACCAGGAAGAAACUCAGAUUGCACGCAUAGUGUCACCUGACACCAGUGGCGAGGGCUACAGGGUGACAGCCCAGAUGGUGCUGGUGUGUUGCUGGCGGAGCAUGAAGGAAGUGGCCAUGCUGCUGGGGCAGCUGUGUCAGAGUCUACCACUGCACUAUACCAAUGACAACACACACACACAUCCUGGGCUCAUCACAGAGGAACAGGUGGCUUGUAUUGGCUUGUAUUUCCGUCAGCAGCUCCUGCAGUCCCGUCAUCGUGGUGCCUUUGAACUGGCUUAUGUGGGCUUUGUUCGCCUCACUGACAUGCUAUGCAGGAGUGGCAGUAAAGUUCUGCAACAGCUUCCAGCUUGCUGGUUAUCUGAAGUUUUGGAAGAGGUCAAAUCUAGUGACCCGUCGUCCAAACUGUGUGCCACACGACGCAGCGCUGGAAUACCCUUCUAUAUUCAGGCUCUUCUCUCUUCUGAGCCAAAAUCCUCCAGUUGCAGUCUGUUAAAAAUGACCAUGAGGGAGCUGAUUACUCUCGCCAUGCCUUCCGCUAACAGAAAUACAGACGCUUCCACUGUUCCUCAGGUCCACGCUCUGAACAUCCUGAGAGCUCUUUACAGGGACACUCGUCUGGGAGAAAAUAUAAUUUGUUUUGUGUCGGAUGGAAUGCAGGCUGCUGUACUUGGCUUCACCUCUCCUAUCUGGGCAGUAAGAAAUUCUUCAACUCUUCUCUUCAGCACUCUGAUCACAAGGAUUUUUGGGGUGAAGAAAGGAAGGGAUGAACACUCGAAAAAAAACAGAAUGACUGGCCGUGAGUUUUUCACUCGUUUUCCAGCCCUGUAUCCAUUUCUUCUCAACCAACUCAAGGAGGCAGCUGUCUCAGUGGAAAGUGACAGUGGUCAAGUGAAGCUGCAUCCCAGUCUCUUCCUGCUUCUGCUGGUGCUCAGCCGAAUUUACCCGUCUCCAAUGGAUGGCUCCUCUUCACCUCUGGGACUUGCCCCAUUCAUGCCUUUCAUCAUCAGAUGUGGCCGUUCAGCAGUGUAUCGGACCAGAGAGAUGGCAGCUCGAGCCCUCGUUCCUUUUGUGCUGAUCACCCAGGUCUCGUCAACUGUGCAUUCUUUGCUUCAAGAGCUUCCUCAAGACCCUGGACCCAAAAUCCAACACAAUUACAUCCAUGGAACCCUGCUACAGGUGUUAUUUCUGCUUCGGUCUUACCAAAGUGAGUCACACAGACCCCUGCCAGCAGGAAAUGGAAUCGGUGAAGCUGUCCUUCAGCGCAUGUGGCUCGGCUCUCGAAAGAAUACCUGUGUGGUCACCAGAGGAGCCUUUCUGGAUGUGUUGGUCUGUCUGUGUGGGCCAAAGAUUAGUCUUCUGUGUGAUUCAGAGGUCAACAAGCUCCGUCAAGAGACAUUGUCCCUCCUGUUGAUCUCAACCCUGUUUGCCGACAACAGCCCCAUGUCCAACCUGGAGCCCGGCAGCAUCCAGUACAUGCUGAGCUUGACCAGGAUAGCCCUCAGUGCCAGCGUAGAUAUCCCUGAGCUUUGGGGGAGGCAGCCGCUCACCACUCAGCUCCUGGAGCGUCUGCUAAAGUGCCCAGAGUAUGAGGUGAGGGAGUUGGUCCUGGAGAGGGUCCUAAUGAGACUGAAAGAGGAGGAAGACCAGAAGAGGACACCUGCAUGGCUAAAUGAGACCACCCUGUUUACCCUAACAAGCCUGGCUCUUCAUGAAGGACACCCCCAGUGUCUGGCCAAGGUGCUUCAAGUGUUGAGCGUGUUGAGCUGUAAUGGUGAGCUCCACUGGAUGGAUUAUGUCCAACAUUUGUCUCAGGACAGUUUUCUGCUGCACCUCCUUACUCUGGCUCAGAGGACUGUUCACAGUGUGGAGCUGUAUUGUGCAGUCAUGACACUGCUAUCUCAACUGGUAAUCCAGGUUGUAAACUCGGAUCCAAAGGGUGCAAGUAUGACUUGCUUAUCACAGUGGGGGGCACUCGUGUGCUCAUCCUGCAGUGAGGAGCAGCAUGUGGAAGUUAAGAUGAUGGUUGCCAAUGUGCUGGUGAACUCAACGGGCACGCUACUGACCAGCUCUGAGCUGCCACUUGGUCUGGUCAGCACAGUGUCUCUGUGGAGCAGUCUGUUUAUGCUGUUGCAGGAUGAAGACCAGGAAGUUCGCAGUUCUGCCUCUGACUUCAUUGCAAAUGCACCAACUCAUCUGAUUCGUGCAGAUGUUGCAGGCGUGACGGUGUGUCCCCCCGUGGCCUUGGACGUUGGUGUGAGUCUCUUGUGUCGCCUCUUCGAACUGUGGAAGCAGGUACCAGCAGGCGUCGUCGCUCUGACAGAGUGGCUGCUGGGAGAAGAAGAAGGCAACGAGAAGGCAUGUGAAGAUGAUGCCUCCAGUCUGGAUGAAGAGGAUUUCCUGUUUGAAAAGGGCAACCUUAACCUGUGGGCCGAGCCAGUCCAGUGGGUGACGCUGCUUCACAGACACCUCAUUUCCCUCAUUCUUAGCUCCCAGCAGACUAGAGACUCAGGACGUACCGACCAGGAGCAGGCUCACCAAAUUGACACAUUGGCCUUCAAGGCCCGAGCCAAACUGGUGAGCUCCAAUCAAGCCCUGGAUUCCCUCCCAGUCCUGCCCCAGUUCUCCUGCCCCAUGGAACACGCCCGACUGGUACUGCAGCAGCAGAGGGCCACUCUGGCUCUGGAUGUGCUGGACACCCUGAAAGGAGAAAUUGAAUAAUAUUGCAACGUUGGAAAAAUCGGGAGACAUUUUCUGGUGUGAUAUGAAAGUGACACCUCACAAAGUGUUUUUAAUCAUCUUAUUUUUAUCAUCUGCUUUCCUCUUCUUUAUUUUUAUUUUUUGCCUGUUGUUAGCUGAUGUCUGAAAUUGACCAUUUUGAGAGAUACAUUUGGAGCGGCUUCCACUCAAGUCACACAUUGCAAGUCUACUUUGACUGACUUGACUUCCCUCGUGUUUAAUAAUCCAUCCAAUUGGACUUUGUUCUGUCCUUCCCUUACAUAAUGUAGAGGACAGCACAAUAGACGAUACUGUCUGUGUACAUGUGUGCCCGUGUAUCUUCACGGUGGCCGCAUACACAUUAACCCUUCUCCCUCCCUGGUAUCCAUGUUCCUUGUUACGGUAAACCUGACGUAAUGUUUUGGAACUGCUCAACACGCCCCAAUAAAAAGAGAGCUGUCUGAUUUGGA